CACCACUUAAAGAAGACGAUCAAGCAAAAAAAGAUGGCAAAGAGUGCAGCAGUAGUAGCAACGAGGAUGAUGGAAACAGCACUUGUAAUGAUGACAAUGAGCCUCUGCAAAGAACAUUUAAAAGGACGAGGGAUCGUUUUGCAAACAUAUUGGAAGCUCGACUAGGCACAAGGCUCGAUCAUCCUAUCGAAUCCGUUGUUAAGAAAGACGCACAGGAAUUGCAGGAAGCACGGCGGCUAGCAAUGCGGAAUAUGUCUAGUACUCCCUUGUUCCUUUUUGAGCGCCAGAUCGUCUACAACGAAGCAGAUAGGAGUAAUGCAUUGAACAAUAAGUAUGAGGUCCGCAAGAAGAAAUUGGAGAGAGCAUUGUCAAUGCGCAAGUUUGCAAAGCAACGGCGAUUUGUUCCUCUCUCGACAAGAAUCCUUGGGGUCUCAAACGCUUCGAAUGUUCUCGGAAUCACUUUCAAUGAAGCAGGUCAUAUUGAAACAGCGACCACGGGCAAAAAUCAUGGCGCUGUAAAAGCUCAACAAAAAGCCACAAAGAAGAGGAAAGGCUCUCGUUUUCCAAAAGUUAUUAGCGAUCCCAACCUAAGUGACGAUGAAAAUUCGACUGACAAACGAAAGAUAUUUCAAACAUUAAGAAGUCUUACCCGCACGAAGAAGCGUAAAAGGCUUUUGGCCGAAGACCACAUUUCUUUCUUAAGGCGCAAAAUGGUACCAGGGACAAGGAUCAGAGCUCGUGAUAGACAGAUGGACUGGUUAACUGGAAUCAUUCGCGAUGUCAGAAAUAGUCGAGUUCUUGUCCAUUAUGAGGGUUAUCAAGAAUUUUUCAAUGAGUGGAUCGACAUCAACAGCGAAAGGCUGCGUUACGAUCCCUCUCUAGAGCAGAAUCAGCCAGCACAAACAGACCAAGGCACUAUUGAACCUACUAAAUUGAACACCAAAUUAAACAAGGUUAAGGAAAGCCCGGGUUGCUUGAUCUCUUCAAACCAAAAAGAAGAGGGCAUGAGCGGACAGCAUUCUGCUUCCUCAGAUCCUAAGGGUGAGGCCACAAUGAGUUCCCUAUCGUCGGAGCCCAGCGUAAUCCAGGUCCAUUGCGUUCAAUGUCAAGUGAAAAUCAGCCAAUUUCGCAUUUAUUGUAUGUAUUGCGAAGUAGAAGCCAAGAUGCCCGAUACUACGCGAAAGCCCUUCAACCUCUGCCUAUGGUGUUUUUCCAACGCAUUCCCAGAAACUCACGACCAUCCUCGAUCGUCAUUUGCCACUAAAGUUAUUGUGGGGCCACGUGGCGUGCAUCCUGUUAAGGGCGGCAUCAUUACUCGUUUUGAGCAAGACUUUUUGGAUUUGGAAUUCAAUGAAGCCGAUCUCCCCAAUCCCUUGGCAGCGUCAGCCACGCAUACCGGAGGCUCGAUAGGUUUGGAAAGCAAUCAGAGCCUUGUCUAUAUUGAUCAGUGGAGAGGACGCAAAGUGUGUGCAUUCUGUAAUGACGAUGGGGUAUCCAGAAGCCACUUUAUUGGACCAUAUCCAUUUUUAUUAGCAUCCACGAAUCGGUAUGGAAUUACAAAGAAGAAGCGCUUUUGGGCCCAUGAUAUCUGCGCCCGCCACUCACCUGAGGUUAUUCAAGGAAAGGAUGGUUCUUGGUAUAAUGUUUCGGUAGCAAUGCGGCGCGGUCGAACAGUGAGAUGUUCCGCCUGCAGGGAGAAGGGUGCGACCAUUGGAUGUUUUGAUCCUAAAUGUGGCAAAAGCUUUCAUGUCCCUUGCACAGGCAAGCCUAUGUCCCAUUUUGAAGAUGGCGUGAUAUUUUGGUGUUCACAACAUGAGAAGGAUAUUCUGCGGCGAGACGCUUAUGAUGAGACAUUCAGCUGCGAUAAAUGCGCAAAAAUCCUUGGAGUCAAUCCUUGGAAAACAUGCGUUAAAUGUAGUGACGAUUACUUUCAGACCUAUGAUUUGUGCCAGGAGUGUUUCUCUGCUGAUAAUGUUUGCCAUGAACAUCCUAAAGAGGAUUUUCGAACCACAUCCCUCGAGAUCAUGUAUAACGAGCAGGUUGAAAGAGAGUCCGCGCAAGUCUUGGAGCAGGAUGAAAUGACAGCAACCAAAAAGAAGACAACAAGCUAUAAACCUAAAAUGAAAAGUAUUUCUCGAAUGGUCUGUUCAUAUUGCUGGUCUCCCACUUCCAACAAAUGGAGAAAAGGGUAUAAUGGCGUGCUAAUGUGUGAGGAUUGUUUCCUGGCCGGGCCUUUGAAUGAGGUGCCAAUGCAACCUCCGCUCUGUAUCGAAGGUAGCUCCGGGAUUCCUACAUCUACGCUAUCGAUCAGCGUGUCUUCAGCAUCGGAGACUAGCCAUCGUGGCGUUGGAACGUACGCGACAUCUGCAGAAGACUAUUCCCAUAGUCCUUAUUUGACCCGUACGGCUGUAUCAGCGGAACGCUUCGACCAUUCAUCUUCGCAGGCCGUAUAUCUUGACUCCUAUGGACCAGCCGAAAAUCAACUGUAUUCCCUCCCAAUUGAUACAACCUAUUAUGACAUCCCAGGCCGUGCGCCUCGAUGGGCUACGCAUUCUGGUACCGACUACCAUGGGACUUGGCUUCCUCAAACUGUGCGAAGAGCGGUAACCAAGUACACAAGACCAAAUGAGAAGAUCCUUUCCAAUUUCCUUGGCCGUGGGACAGACGCCAUCGAAUGUUUCCUCUUAGGACGAUGCUGCACAGCUGUUGAUAUUAAUCCAGCAGCAAUCACGCUUUCAAUUAGGAACUGCUCUUUUGCUAUCCCCCCAAACGGGACUUUCAGAGCUGAGCAUCGCCCGACUAUCUUACAAGGAGACUCACGAAAACUCGUUGGACCACUUUUUGAAAACGAAAGCUUUGAUCAUGUCCUUUCUCAUCCCCCGUAUAAGGAUUGUGUUGCAUACUCUACGCACAUUGAUGGCGACCUUUCUCGUUACGGAAACGCAUUGGAAUUUCAGCGUGAGAUGACUUCAGUUAUUCGAGAAACCUAUCGGCUUUUGAAAAUGGGUCGUCGUUGUACCCUAGGCAUAGGAGACAAUCGUGAACACUGUUUCUAUAUACCUGUCAGCUUCCAAUUGAUCCGUGAAUACAUCAAUGAAGGCUUCGAGCUCGAGGAGCUGAUUGUGAAACGCCAGCGAUACUGUGCCAUGUUCGGUUUAGGUACCUAUCUCUGUGUUCAAUUCGACUUUCUGUGUUUUACGCAUGAGUUUAUAGCCACAUUACGAAAGGUGCCAAAGGAAGAGGUUGACACUAUGAUCUUGGAACCAGACUAUACGUUACUCGGGAACGUCAAUAUUAAAAGCAUCGACAGGGCCAUCCCUAGUUGCCCAAUAGAGCGUAAGAGCGUAGUGAUGGGCUCUGUAUGGACUUUUAAACCGACAAAGGAGUUCGACUUCCCAACGUUAUGUGUCUCUAGAAUGGUGGAGCGAUUUGGGAAGAACGAUGCAAAUUGGAAAGAAUUCAAGCUAGAGUUCAAGAUGAAUAAUGCUGAGGAGACCCCGAUCGAACUGUGGACAGAACAAACAGUGGAGCAUCUUCCACCCAAGGAGGAGGAAAUGGUAUCUUAUGAGCGAGAUCGGCUCAACCAAAUUCAAGAAAACAACAGAAUGCUACUCGCCUUGGGCUUGAUUACAGAAUUGAGUGAGACUUCGGACGAUGUGGGCCAUCAAAUUAAGAUUGCAAAGGACGCACCCUGUUAUCCACCACCGGCGGAGACUGCAUUGCAUCUUAUUGCCCAUAUACCAGGACCUAGUCUCAAGUCGCAUGAGGUUUCAACAUAUCGUACUACCAUCAUGCACUUGGCAAUGAAUGCUCUAGCCAAUUUGCCUAUUAGUGGGGUGUUUAUUGUAGGAACACAGGAUAUCAGGACCGAAAAGGGAAAAUUAAUUCCCCUUGGCAUGCUAAUAUUGGAGGAUAUCAUUCGGGUCGUAGGGGAGGACUGUUUGAAGCUGAAGGAACUUGUUGAAGCGGUACCAGAUGGAUAUCAAAAAGAUCGCCGUAAAAUCACAUGUUUGGAUGAUUAUAAAGAAGAGGUUUGUACUCCAGACGACGAAAUACCUUCCGAGCAUCUUCCAAUUGUACAUGCAUGUUACCUUGUUUUCACCAAGGUCAAGCAUAAAGUGAUCUUGGAAUAGGUGGGCAUCAUCAACGACAUGUAAUAAAAAAAUAUAAG